AUGAACAAUUUUUAUACUAUUUAUCGAUUGAAUCUGAAACGUUUCUUCGGUAUUUGUUUUGGUUUACAUAGCUUAGGUAAUGAUUUCAUAGAUGAAUAUAUAAAUAAGCUUGGAAGAAGAAAAACGAUGGAUAUACAAACUCAAUCAUUUGCAAAUGAAGUCAAUGAUUACAUCAGUAAAUAUAGAGAGGCAUACAACCAGGAAGAAGAACUAGAAAAAUUGGUAAAUGAGGAAUUAAUAGAUUUUAAAAAGGAAUUAAAGUUGAUAAUGGAACAACGGUUACAACGUAUUGUACAGAUAAAAGAACAAAAUGGACAUAAAUUACAACAUCCAUAUGCCGAACCAUUAAGACACCAUGAACACAAAACAAUAGUACCCAAUGAGAAGAUCACUAGAUACUUGGAUGAUUUGAAACAUUACAAUACGAAGGAUAUAUUGACACCUGUGAAACAGAUGACAUACCGUUCUUCUAGGGCUAGGUCCAUUCCUGUCAAAGCCAAAGACUCCCCUCAAGAAGAGGAUAUACAUAUAAUGAAUAGUUUCUUACAACCAUCAACACCUUUAGCCAUACUACUCUCUCCAGUUGAAAUAACACAUAAUAUUGAUAUUAAGUCGCUAGAAGAUUCAUCACCACCGAGUGAUAAUGAAUCAUCUCCAGAGGAAAGUGAUUUUGACGAUGAAAUAUACACUUACUAUUAUGAAUCAGAUAUAUCGGUAGAUUCAAACGCUGAGUCUAAUAGGAAAUCACAAAGAAACUGGAAUAUUACGAAUUUAUGA